ACCAAACCCGAAUUGGAAGAUUCUGUCUCCGCACAGAGAGAGAGAGAGAGAGAGAGUCAUAAAGGAUUCUCUACCCUUCUUCUUCGUGCACCGGGGGUUCACGGAGGUCAAAAAGUCGCGGAGGAUUCAGCUAUGGCUCGGCAAGCGGCGAAGCUGAUCCGAUCUCUAGCCUACAGGAUCUCCCCUCCGCAGAACUCGGCUUCAUCAUCGCUUUCCUCUUUGGCAUCGCAAUCCCGCCAAUUUGGAUCGACGCCUCAACCCGCCGUGUUUGUUGACAAGAACACGCGUGUUAUUUGCCAGGGGAUCACCGGAAAGACCGGCACGUUUCACACAGAGCAGGCCAUCGAGUACGGAACCAAAAUGGUUGGCGGUGUGACGCCAAAGAAGGGUGGAACUGAGCACUUAGGACUUCCUGUCUUUAACUCAGUUGCAGAGGCGAAGGCUGAAACUAAAGCCAACGCAUCAGUUAUUUAUGUCCCACCUUCAUUUGCUUCAGCUGCUAUUUUAGAAGCAAUGGAGGCUGAACUGGACCUUGUAGUGUGCAUUACUGAGGGAAUACCGCAGCAUGACAUGGUUCGAGUGAAAGCUGCUCUUAACCGGCAAUCAAAAACUCGACUUAUUGGACCAAACUGUCCAGGUAUUAUUAAACCCGGAGAAUGUAAGAUUGGAAUCAUGCCUGGUUAUAUCCAUAAGCCAGGGCGUAUUGGUGUCGUUUCACGAUCGGGUACUUUGACCUACGAAGCGGUGUUUCAAACAACUGCUGUUGGGUUGGGACAAUCAACAUGUGUAGGUAUUGGUGGAGAUCCCUUCAAUGGAACAAAUUUUGUUGAUUGUGUAAAAAGAUUUUUGCCGGAUCCGCAGACCGAAGGUAUUGUUCUUAUCGGUGAAAUUGGAGGAACUGCCGAAGAAGAUGCUGCAGCAUUGAUAAAGGAAAGCAAGACGGAAAAGCCGAUUGUCGCAUUCAUUGCUGGGCUUACUGCCCCUCCCGGACGAAGAAUGGGCCAUGCCGGAGCUAUUGUGUCUGGUGGGAAGGGCACUGCCCAGGACAAGAUCAAAACUCUCAGAGAAGCAGGAGUAACUGUGGUUGAAUCUCCAGCCAAGAUAGGUUCCACCAUGCUCGAUAUUUUCAAGCAGCGUGGCCUUUCAGAAUAAUUUAAUUUUUGAUUCAAUCCGGUAAAAAUUCGACCGUUAUUACCUUAUUUUUCAAAUUCAAAUUUUCUCCCCAUCUGAGAAAUAAUUUAUGCUGAUACAGAAAACUACAAACUGCUGUUGGAAAACUGAUUCUUUUUGACAUUUUUCUGUAAACCUUCUUUUUUAGGCCUGAAAUGAUCUGUUCUUAGCCUUC